AUGUCCACAGAAGUUGUUCGCGAAACCAAAGUCCUCUUGACUCCGCAUAACUACGCUCUCUGGUUAUUACCGAUGGAAGCAAGGCUCUUCAAAUUGAAACUCCUUGAUAUCGUUGAAAUUCAAGCUGAAGUUACUGAAAAAGAAGAAGCGGCAUCGAUUAAAUCUAACAAUGAUGCAUACGCCGAAAUCAUAUCGUACGUUGGUCAGGAAGUGCUCGGUUUUGUCAGUUCUGCUCUCCCUGCAUCCCCUCGCUUCAACGGCUGUGGACUUUGGAAACUGUUGAAAUCUCAAUAUGCCGGCGACGACCUCACAUCUCAAACGACAGCACUUGAUCAGUUCCUUCAUCUUGAUUUCUCAUCAAUCGCGAAGUUCAUUCCAUCUGUUCGAUCGGCCAAUCAAAAAAUAACGAUGUCUGGUCUCAUCUUGGACGAUCGCGUCCGAACAAUUUUGAUGUUGAAAAAGUUACCAUCGGACUAUCGCUCGUUUCGCGAUAUUGUCUCGAUGAAUUACGGUUCCGAGACGUUUGAAUCGGUCAUUAAGAAGCUUGAGAGCUAUGUAGCUCAAAAUGACCUUGAUAAGAAAACAUCAGCAACAUCUUCAACUCCGCUACAGUCUCUGCUCACUCGAUCAAACGAUCAAUCCCCUGUGAAUUCAACGCUCUGCGACCAUUGCAAGAAACCUGGUCAUCGCAUCAACAACUGCUGGGCUAAGUAUCCAGAGAAAGCCCCCAAAUCACACUCAGCACACUUAACCGUUCAAGACAACUAUAAUCAACUAAGCGAUCCGACUGAUUUCUCUCUUUUCAGAACAGCUGACGGCGUCCUUCAUCACAUUGACGAAGUGAAGUAUGAAGGUGUCCGAUAUUUCUAAUCAAAAAUCAAUCUCACCCUACCAAUCAUUCCCUUCUCUUGCUUUCUAUCCUCACCAUCACUACACAUUGUUUUUUAAGGUUUUUUAGUCCUGAGUAGCGGGGGGUGUUGAAAUUCUGUCUCUUCCUUCUCAUUCCUAAAAAACCAUUCCUCAAUUGUCAAUGUUUAUACAAAAUAAUAUACAUGUUUUGACUAUGUCUUGUCCUUGUCUGAGUGGCAUCUUUUCUUUUGUCUAGUGCUGAAAUCCCCGUAGUCUUCGAACCUGGGUCUAGUCUUUAUCAAUAAGAAUUUGCUCCUGUCAAUGUUUCUUACAUGUUUCAAACUGUUAUUCAUUUUUAUAUUCAAUUUCUUCUCAAACCACAUGUUGAACAACUUGUAUGUAGACUACUUAACGACUAGUCUCUGCUAAGGAAAAAUAUCAUCGGUUCUCUCCUUC